GUGGCUCCCCCAAGGUUAAGUCUAAGAAAAGCGGUGCGGGGUAUUUAACUAAAGAAGGGGUGCUCGGUUAUUUUGCUACUGUCAUAAAAUUAAAUGAGAAAAGGGCUCAAAUACAGGUUGAUCCGUUGCAAGUAGGAACGGACGGUUUUUUAAUGAAUUUAACCAAGGUUUUAUUAACUCUGGCGGAUCCCUUUAUGGACGUCCAUUGUUCUAAGAUCGAUCGCAUUGACGUCGACUACUUCCGAAAGUCCAAGAGAAUUGAUGUCAGUCAGGAGACAAAAAUUAAGGCGACUCAACAGGAGUAUGAUGAAUACUGUUCUCAGCCUACUAGGAAUAAUGAUGCACCGAACUUCAUAUCAGAAAUAUUUUUCCUUACGAUCGCAAUGCAUCAUUAUGGACCUUUGCACUGUUAUGAAAAAUACAAUAACUUGAUCAAAGAUCUAUCAGAACUUCAAAGACAAUAUGAAAGACUGAGGGCAGAUCAACCCAAUUGGACAGGGGCUGAUGCUGUGAUAAAUGAAGAAAUUUUGAAGCGAUACAAAUUACAACUCGAUAAAGGAACAUCGCAUAAGAUAGCUUACGACACACAACUUUUAGAUAAUACUGCAUUAUCUCAUUCGCUCCAAUUUUAUAACUUGGUCAUUAAUUGGAUACUGCGAAUUGUCGAUCCUAUUGGAAAACAUCCGGCGCAACAGAUACGAUUGCCACUGCCGAAGACACCGCCAGAAGCCUUUACAAUGUUACCGGAAUAUAUAAUUGAAGACAUAGCUGAAUUCUUUUUAUUCAUUUCAAGAUAUGUUCCUAAAGUUGCACUCACGAGUUCACGUGAUGAAUUGGUUAUCUUUAUAAUCACUUUUCUCAAUUCUUCAACUUACAUCAAAAAUCCAUACUUAAAGGCCAAGUUAGUGGAAAUUUUGUUCCAUUAUACCCUAUAUGGUGAAAAUGAAGGUGGAAUAGGUGCGAUUUUGUUAACUCAUCCAAUCUCGUUGAAUCACCUAAUGCCAUCUUUAAUGCAGUUUUACGUUGAGGUCGAACAAACUGGAGCACAUACGCAAUUUUACGACAAAUUUAACAUUCGAUAUAACAUUUCGCAAAUUUUCAAAGCAAUAUGGAACAAUCAUGCUCACAAGGAAAGGCUGAAGGAAGAAAGCUUGAAGACAGAGUCCUUUGUUCGAUUCGCCAAUUUGCUUAUGAACGAUGCGACAUAUUUAUUAGAUGAAAGUCUAACAAAAUUAUCCGAGAUCCACAAUAUACAAAUUGAAAUGGAUGAUAGAGAAACAUGGGAUAGACAAACCCCACAACAUCGACAGGAACGUGAAGGUCUGCUUCGUUCUCUCGAACGACAAGCAACAUCAUAUAUGGCACUUGGGAACGAAACAGUACAUAUGCUAGAAUAUAUGACAUCCGAGGUGGUUGAUCCAUUCCUUACACCCGAAAUUGUUGAUCGAUUAGCAGCAAUGUUGGAUUAUAAUUUAGUAUCAUUGGUAGGCCCCAAAUGCACCGAACUAAAAGUUAAGAACCGUGAAAAAUACAGAUUUCAGCCUAGAGAAUUGUUAUCACAAUUAGUCUCCAUUUAUCUAAACUUGGGUAAACAUAAAGAAUUCGUACAAGCAGUGGCAAGGGAUGGUAGGAGUUACAGUAAGAAUCAUUUUUCUAGAGCCGCAGGAAUUUUGUUGAACAGGGGGUUGAAGUCAGAUAAGGAUGUUGCAGAAUUAGAGAAAUUUGUUAAUGAAGUUGAAGAAUUUAUUAAAGCUCAGGCUGCUGGAGAAGAGGAGUUGGGAGAAAUUCCUGACGAAUUUUUGGAUCCACUAAUGUACAGUAUUAUGGAAGAUCCUGUGAUUUUACCUGAAUCAAGGGUUACUAUCGAUCGGAGCACUAUAACAACGCAUCUUUUAAGCGAUACUACUGAUCCUUUUAAUCGAAAACCACUAACAAUUGAUCAAGUAAUACCAAACACUGAAUUGAAAGAAAGGAUUAUUGCGUAUAGAAAUAAGCGACAAAAUAGAAAUUCUUGA